AUGUGCCUCGUCCGUACUGCUGAGCUGGCUGCUGCACUAGCUAUAUCAACUCUCUUGUCGGAACCGUUGCGACAGACAGACGGACACUAUGGCAGGGUCCAGCACGAUCAUCCCUCUAAUCUUCGCCCUUGUGGUUACGAUGUGGCAGGCUGCCUGAAACUAAAGAAACUAUGCUGCCUCCCACCAUGCCUGUUUCCACCACCAUGCCUUCCACCUCCCUGCUUACAUCCAUUCUUACCUCCCUGUCUUCCUCCUCCCUGCUUACCUCCCUGCCUUCCGCCUCCCUGCUUACCCCCAUGUCUUCCCCCAUGCCCACCACCAUGUCUGCCACCCUGCCUACCUCCUUGUCCACCACCCUGCCUACCCCCUUGCCCACCACCAGGUCUGCCUCCAUGUCUUCCUCCCUGUGCACCACCAUGCCUCCCACAUCCAUAUCCAUGUGGUGUUUGUGAAUUACCCCCAGUUCCUCUUCCACCAUGUCUACCAUGCGCCCCUGGAUUACCUCCAUGCCUUCCACCUCCUUGUGCACCGGUAAGGAUAACUUCUAAUUCUUAA